CAGCCCAGCCAGCACCAUGCCGUCCCAGGACAAACAACGGCCAACUGCUGAGUCAAGCAUUAAAUCGGUUGGUUACAACUACUUGCGGGUAUUCAGCUAUGCCGACCAGAAAAGCUGGAUCCUCAAUGUCGUCGCAUUCACGGCGGCCAUCGGAGCUGGAGUCCCGCUUCCUCUCAUGGAACUAUUGUUCGGAAACUUCGUCACGACAUUCAACCGCUUCGUCCGCAAUGAGAUCUCUAGCGACAAGUACAUGAACGAAGUCUCACGGCUGAGCUUGUACUUGGUAUACCUCUUCAUCGCCAAGCUGGUAUUGUCCUACGUCCAUACACUCUGCAUCUCCAUCUCGGCAAUUCGAACAACCAAAGCCCUUCGAGUCGAUUUCAUGAAAUCCCUCCUUCGACAGGAGGUCGCAUACUUCGAUUCCCCAGAGGCAGGAAGUCCAGCCGUCAAGGUCACCACUACCUCGAAUCUGAUCAACCAGGGCAUAAGCGAGAAGCUUACCCUGACCAUCCAGUCCGUGUCGACAUUCGUUGCGGUGUUCGUUGUGGCAUUCAUCUCGCAAUGGAAACUGACUCUGAUCACAUUGGCCAUCGUACCAACCAUCUUGAUCAUCACUGGGGUGACAGUUGCAAUCGAUGCGAAGAAUGAGAAUCGACUACUCGACAUCUAUUCCCAAGCUGGACUGAUGGCCGAGGAAGUCUUCUCCAGUAUCACGAAUGUGCAUUCCUUCUGGUUACAUCCGACCAUGUCUACUCGAUACGAUGCUCUACUCGAGGAUGCCGAAAGAGUGGGAAUGAAGAAGAAACCAAACAUUGGAGUCAUGUAUUCCACCGAAUUCUUUUGUGUCUACAGCGGCUAUGCGCUGGCGUUCUGGAAGGGCAUCCGAAUGUACCAGUCCGGAGAGAUCGAGCAGGCCGGAAAAGUCGUCACGGUCAUCUUCGCCGUCGUUCUUGCUGCCUCGACAUUGACGCAGAUUGCACCACAGCUUUUGACGCUGUCCAAAGCCAUUUCAGCUUGCGGGGACCUCUUCAAAACCAUCGACCGGCAAUCCAAGAUUGAUGCUCUUUCUGAGCAAGGCAAGAAGCCUGAGCACUGUACUGGAGAGAUUCUGCUACGGGAUGUCGAGUUUGCCUACCCGUCUAGGCCGGGGAAUCCUGUGCUUCGAGGCCUGAGCCUGAACGUGCCGGCCGGAAAGACAACUGCACUGGUUGGAGAGAGUGGAAGUGGCAAGAGCACCAUCGUUGGUCUCCUCGAGCGCUGGUACGAGCAGACGGCAGGCGAAGUCAUUCUAGACGGUGUCCAUCUGCAGGACCUCAAUCUUCGUUGGCUUCGCACGAACGUACGCCUCAUCCAGCAAGAGCCGGUACUGUUCAGCGGCACCGUCUUCGAGAAUGUGGAGUAUGGUCUGGUUGGCACGGAGUAUGAGAAUAGCUCACGGGAAGUGAAGAAAAAGCUCGUGGAGCAAGCGUGCAUCGAUGCAUUUGCGCACGACUUCAUCAGCAAGCUGCCCAACGGCUACGAUACUGCUGUUGGCGAGCGAGCCCGAAUGCUGUCUGGAGGCCAGAAACAGCGUAUUGCCAUCGCCCGAAGCAUUAUUUCCGACCCAUCUGUACUCAUCAUGGACGAGGCAACGAGUGCGUUGGACCCCAAAGCCGAAGCAGUGGUUCAGGAUGCUCUUGACAACGUGUCGAAAAAUCGCACCACGAUCGUUAUUGCGCACAAGCUUUCUACCAUCCAGAACGCCGACUCGAUCGCGGUGAUGCGUAAGGGCACUGUUAUUGAGCAGGGAACACAUCGUCAACUUUUGGCGCUGGGAGGUGCCUAUUCACGGCUUAGUACCGUGACUCCCUUCGACCUCGAAACGGGACACACGGACGCAAACCAGAACAAGGUCAAUUACGGAUUGUUGAAGAGCGUGUGGAUAUUGAUGGCCGAGCAGAAGAAUCUUUGGCCCAGCUUCUUCAUCGCAUCCCUCACGGCCGCCGGCGCAGCGGCAAUCUAUCCAAUCCAGGCCUACAUCUUCUCCAAGACUUUUGAAGUCUUCCAAAGGCGCGGUCCAAAAGCUGUAUCCGACGGUGACUUCUGGGCUCUGAUGUUCUUUGUAGUGGCACUUGCUUCGAUCCUCAUCUGGUUCGUAAUGGGCUGGGUUUCGGUCAUCCUUUCGCAGACCUUGACCCGCGUGUAUCGACUCCGCUUGUUCCGAUGCACGCUGUACCAGAACAUGGAUUUCUUCAAUCAGCCGGAGAACGAGAGUGGUGGGCUGACGGCCAGAUUGUCGACGGCGGCGACCAACCUGCAAGAAUUGCUGGGCUUGAAUGUGUUUUUGAUUCUGAUGAAUAUCUUCAUUCUGGUGUCAAGCUCUAUCUAUGGCAUCGCUGUCGGGUGGAAACUCGGGCUGGUCUGCGUCUUUGGUGCAUUGCCACCUCUGGUCCUCAGUGGCUACGCAAGAAUUCGACUCGAUGGCCACCUCGAAGCAUUAACGUCUGAGCGAUUCGCCAGCAGCGCUGCAGUUGCAGCUGAAGCCAUCUCUGCUAUCCGGACGGUCAACUCACUGACAUUGGAACGCUCAGUGCUGGAUCGAUAUGCGGACAGACUGUCUGAUGUCGCCGCGAAAUCUGCGCGCUCCUUCGUUUGGACCAUGGGAUUCUAUGCGCUGUCGCAAAGCAUCAAUUUCUUGGCCAUGGCGCUUGGUUUCUGGUAUGGUGGAAAGCUCGUCUCGAGAGGCGAGUACACCUCAACACAGUUCUUCCAGGUCUUCAUUUCCGUACUCUUCGGAGGCGAAGCGGCGGCGAUGUUCUUCCAAUACUCUACAAGCAUCUCGAAAGCAAAGUCCGCGGCGAACCUGAUGUUCACUCUACAGCAGAGUGCAGCUCCGGUACUUGAGGGCAAUCCACCACCGCGCCCCCAAGACGAUGAGAAGCGAAGUGGUCCGGCUGCAGUCGACUACGAAUCCUUGACAUUCGCGUAUCCUUCCCGACCAGGUGCGAGAAUCCUGAAAGGCGUCAAUGUCUCGAUACCUGCCGGUUCCUUCGCCGCUUUCGUCGGACCAUCUGGCUGCGGCAAGACCACAAUGAUCUCUCUACUCUCAAGAUUCUACGAUCCGACCUCUGGCGACAUCAAGCUCGACGGCACUUCGAUCCUGACCAGCCCAGCAAGAACCCACCGUCUGAAAAUCGGUCUCGUCCAACAAGAACCCGUCCUCUACCAAGGCACAAUCCGCGACAACAUCGCCCUCGGCCUCUCCGAUUCCAGCCUCGAAGCCACCGAACCCCAAAUCCAACACGCCUGCACCCAAGCCAACAUCUGGACCUUCAUCACCUCCCUCCCCGAAGGCCUCAACACCCCCAUCGGCCCCCGCGGCUCCCAACUCUCGGGAGGCCAAAAACAACGCCUCGCCAUCGCACGCGCCAUCAUCCGCAACCCCCAAAUUCUCCUCUUGGACGAAGCCACUUCGGCGCUCGAUUCCGAAAGCGAGAAAUCCGUCCAAUCUGCUCUCAUGCACGCGGCGAAACAAGGUCGUCGGACGACCAUCGCGGUCGCGCAUCGGUUGAGCACGAUUCGGGAUGCGGAUCGGAUUUUUGUGUUUGAGGCCGGCAGGAUUGUGGAGGUUGGGCAUCAUGAAGAGCUGAUGGGGAGGAGAGGGAGGUAUUAUCUGAUGUGUUUGGCGCAGGGGUUUGAUCGAUCUGCGGACGUGUAGGUAGGUUGGAUUAUUAGAUAGCAUGAUGAUUUGAGGGUUGUGUGUUGUAGCAAAGGCCUAAAUAGGCAACUCGACACGCUUGCUUGCGAGAACGAUUUAGACUUUGGGAAUAGGAUAGGGUACAGUAUAGGCUGCUUGCUAUGUGGCCAAUUCCGAUUUUGCCGACGUCGGGUCUUGGUUCUUCCUGUCGCUUGUUCUUGAAUAUUUAAUCCGUC